CCCACCACCAACAGCUCUUAGGCCCCCAGCAUACACUUGUAUCAAUAGCUGCCUGUGCCCAUACAACCCAAUGGCCCAAGAAACGGGCGUCUUCUCUAUCCGCCGUCCGCGCGAGCCGCUGGGCGGCAUCGCGCACAAUCCCUCCGCAAUUCCCAUGCCGGCUUCCGCGAUGAAGCGCUCCAACUCCGUUUCGAACAUGCAAAACAGCGCAUUCGGCGGCCCUUUCACCACGAACCACGCGCGCUCAACCUCUGGAUCGCGCAUGUCUCUCGCACCUGGCCGCCCGAGCCAGCCAAUCUUCCAGCGCUCCUCCUCUGGCGACAAUCUUGCAGGUAUGGGCGGUUUCCAAUCCGCGCAUCGCAAUUCGACAAACAACAUGUUUGGCGGCGCAAGCACUGGGCGCAAGAGUCUUGCGCCUGGCGCAGGGCUCACAACACCCGCGUCCGCACUUAGCCAGGACCAGAGCUCACAGCGUCGAAGCAGCGUGUUUAGAGCGCGACCGUCGUCUGGCGCGGGUGGGAUGGGACAACGCCAAAGCUUUUUCACAACUACGCCAGCCACCGCUGCGAUGCCGGUAGACCCCAGACGACUAAAGGACGCGUCGGUGCGGGCGCAAAUGGCACAAGAGCUCAUGGAGUACCUUACACAUGGGAACUUUGAGAUGGAAGCAAAGCACUCUCUCACUCACAAGUCCAUGAGCUCCCCAACGCAAAAGGACUUCAACUGCAUGUUCCAGUGGCUAUAUCACCGUAUCGACCCGGCAUAUCGUUUCCAAAAGUCUAUCGACGCCGAGGUACCAGCACUCCUUAAACAGUUGCGUUAUCCGUUCGAGAAAUCAAUUAUGAAGUCUCAAAUCGCGGCCGUGGGUGGAAAUAAUUGGUCCACAUUCCUAGGGCUGCUACACUGGAUGAUGCAGCUUGCUCGAAUGAUGGAUCAGUACAACGCGGGCAGCUACGACGAUGUGUGCGCCGAAGCGGGCCACGACGUCCUACACGACAGGAUCAUCUUCGAUUUCCUCUCUGACGCAUAUCAAACCUGGUUACACGUUGAGGACGAUGGCGAAGACGACGAUCCGGCAAAGCUGGUCGCACCGCAUGUUGAGGUGAUGGCCGCCAAGUUCGAGCAAGCGAAUUCUCAUCACUUGGAGGAGUUGGAGGUCCUACAGGCUGAGCACAAGGCACUAGAAGACCAGAUAGACGAGCUAGGGAAGAGCGGACCCCGACUUAAUAGCUUAAACGACCAGAUCAAGAUCCUAGAGGAAGAUAAGGCCAAAUUCGAGAAGUACAAUGACAAUCUGGAAGGCAAAGUCGAAAGAUAUGAGAACCGGGUUAAACUUCUAGAGGAAGAAAUUCGCAAGACCGAGGCAGAGCUGGAGGAGGCUGAAAAUGAGAAGCAAAGUCUGCAAGAAAUUGUUGACAGCAGAGGGAUAACUAUCAGCGAUAUCGACCGCAUGAACACAGAGCGCGAGCGACUACAGAAGGGCGUCGAGUCUACUAGCGCACGCCUUGAAGAGACCAGGAAGAAAGUCGCAGAGAAAGAAAUCGAAGCACUUCGCAAACUCGACGAACUUGAGCGGACAGUCGAAAAGUACAACUCACUCGGCUAUCAGAUUGGUAUCAUACCAGCCACUGCUGCCAAUGCGAAAGGGCUUGAAUAUGAAAUCGUCAUCACUACCAACGAUGGGCCGAACUUCUCUGGCUCCCAAGUGGGCGCAUCUCAAGGGCAAGACUCUUCGGACCGGCUCCUUGCAGACUCAGGCAAUGGAUACCAGCCUCACCAGCUCUUGAACCUCGACCUCCGCGGAACCGUCAAGACCAAUAUCCUCUCUCUUCGCAAGGAGAUCAGCGAGAGGCGCAAUGCUGCGCUCGAGGCGGACAUGAACAACCACGACCUCCUCGACAAGAUCAAGGAGGCCAUGGACGAUAAACAGUCUGAAGUCGAGGGAUUAGGUCACAAAGUCCGCGCGGCUGAGGAGGAGUUUGAAAAGACUCGCGAAAUCACCAACGCACAGAAGAUGGCCAGCGACGCGCAAAUCGAGAAGAUGGAGAAGGAGCUUGCGAAAAUGAGGGCGGGUUUGAGCGACAGCGUCCAGGUCAUGGAGCAACGGGAGAUGAGUACGAAUCUUGAGUACGAACAGCUCACCCUGCGUGCAGCAUCUCUCCGCGAGGAACUCCACACCGAGAUCGAGCGCAUGCUGAACGACAUCAUCAAGUUCAAGGUGCACAUCCAAACCCACCUCGAGGGCUACGAGACCUUUGUCUCGGACGAGGCGGAGAAGUGCCUCGAAGAGCCGGAUCCAAUGGGUGUGCAUGAUGAUGAGGAUGUGUUUGAGGACUAAGAUGUGCAUUCAGUUGGGUAGCAGUAGUCACUCGUAACUCGAGUACGAUGUACAGCCUUGUUGCAUAAUGAGCGGAGUUUUGGCGUUGGGGAGAGGGAGGCGCUGUCACGAUUUCAUUUCCCGGGAAGCAAUUGGGGGCUGAUUGAUGAAGGACAGGAUAGGGGUUGGGGGGAGUUGGUUUCUUGUUUCUUGUCUAUGGGCUGGGGUGUUGUGUUAUGGCUCGGCUUGGAUGAUACCUUUCGAUACGUAAACACGAAGACUUCUGCGUUGCUCAUGCCACCGCCCUCAGACCUAAUGAACGUGGCUCUGCCUUUCUUACGUAUCUAAUGCUACUCCUGUCUCCUGAAGGGGGUGCUCCGCAGAUGGGCGAAGGGCAAUACAACGGUCAUCUU